AAAAGCACUCUGGGUAAUCUUAAUAUUACAAUGUCUUCUCGAGAUGUUAUGUCGCGAAAGUUUGACAGAGAUGAUGGGAAAAAUAAGAAAUCCAAGACCCUGCUGGAACAACUGAUAGUACAGUACAGCUAUUAUUUACAGACCCAUCCAAUUCUGACAAAAUCAAUUACCAGUGCCAUCACUUCAGGAUUAGGGCAACUAGUGUCUCAACUUGCAGCUAAGCGUGCAACAGGCCAGAAUAUCAACUACCGUGCAAUUGCUGCAUUCUCAGGAUUUGGAUUCCUUGUAACUGGUCCAUUGGUGCACUACUUCUACAACUACCUGGAGCAGUUUGUUCCUAGAGGUGUACCAUUUAGCAAAGCCAAAAAGCUCUUUAUCGACAGGCUGAUAUUCUCACCUCCAUUUUACUUGCUGUUUUUCUACAUUGUAGCAAUAUUUGAGGGCAAAUCAAAUAAAGAGGCAAUCGCUCGGAUAAAAGCAAACUACUGGGGAGCUCUGAAAAUGAGCCUCAAGGUCUGGCCACUUGUGCAGUUCGUCAACUUCACCUACAUUCCUGUUCAGUAUCGUGUGUUGUUUGCAAAUUUGGUGGCACUUUUCUGGAGCAUUUAUCUCUCAACAAAGACCAGUGUAGUUUCAAAGACAGCAGAAUAGCGGACAGACAGUCCAUACUAGCAUUACAGGAGAAAGAAUGUGGCACCAUUGUACUAUAGCAAGAAAUGGAUUAAUAGUAUAUGUCCAUAGACAUAGCAUGUAGGUGGUGCUUCUCCCUUAAGAACAUUCUUUGGUUUGAAUAGCUUAUCAUAGUGUAGCAGUUUUUACAGACUCAAAGAAAAACUUCCAGGAUAAAAAAAUAAUAAUUGAGGCACUUCGGUUAGCCUGCAUUGCUAUAAAUAUGCUAUUACAGUUAUUAUUAUUAUCUGCUGAUGUGGGUAAUAAUAGCUGCAAACUAAUCAUAAGAUUAUAUCAUAGCAUAUUUUUCUGGAUGUGACACAGGCUACACUUCCCUGUGCAAGAAAUGUUUUUCAUUUAUUGGAGAUAUUCAAUUGUAUUUUAAUAUAACAUACAUCCUUUGCACAUUGUAUCACAUCAGUAUUUUUGAAUGAACCUUUUAAAAAAAUAUUACAUCUAACCUUUUGAUUAUUUUCUGUAUUAGCUAGUACAAGUAAUAUACAAUAAAUAAUUACAUUAUAUUCAUAA